CGCCGCCGUGCCUGGAUCUAUGGAGAGCACCGAAACCAAAGUCAAUAGAAGAGUUCUCGACUUUCCUUCAACAGAGGAAAAAAGGGUUUACCUAGAGAAAACAUAUCCUGUCAAGAUCCUCUGUAAUUUACAAUUCAACUUCCUAUUCUGUCCUUCUCAUUCAACGACUACCUUGGCGUUCCAAUCUAGCUAUAUUCCGUCCGCUCGAGCAAAUCAGAUUGCAUGGGGAGGAAGGUCUAGCACGGCGAUGCUACCUAAGCACGAGGUCUAUAUACACCAGGACUUGACAGGUCAUGAUUGGUGUGAGGCACAUGCAUCCCAAUGCAGAACCGAAUGCAACGGUCAUAAGCUUCUUCACGAUUAACGAGACUUCGCGUUAAAUUUACCUAGUUCCCCCAAUGCACUCCCCGAAACCAAUUCACGACGCCACAUGAAUAUAUCCGUUCAACCACCCCCGACAUCCCCGGUCUCCCCGACGUGCAGCUGCUUCCCGACCUUAUUCAAGGGGACAAUUGCUGCCAGACCCUGUUCAUUUUGAGCCGUCUACCCCGCGUUUCUGCCUCCACGAAUAGCGACUGUUUCUCUAUCACCCCAUCUUCCUUGCUCCUGCAGGACAUCUCCGGUUCCAACGUUAUUCGGUGGGUCAGCUUCAAGGAGUUUGCAUCAAAUGAAAAUGUCAAGAUGAUGAACUGUAGGACUUGAUUAGGUCCCACGUUCUCCACCUAGUAGUGUUGGAACCGGGGGUAUACUGUAUGCGAUGGCACUAGCCCAGUGGUAUCGGUCCCUUUUCCAUGCACAGGUGCUGCUGAUUGAAACUUCACACUCGGUUGCCCUCGAUUGGGAUACCUGCUGGAUUAAUGUACUCCCAUGCCAUGAUUCGAGCUAGAUUCCCUCAUGGACAUAAAGCUAAGUCGUUCCCCCAUGUUUUACAUUCUUGUUGUCCCACAGAGUACUCUCCAUUUUCUAUCUUGAAAGGUGCCUUUGGAUCAGUUCCAGCUCACUAGACACAAUGGGUUUCGACGAGAAGGAGGCCGUUGGUGUCUCGCACAUCAAUGACUUGGACAAGUCUGCAUCUGAUGCCAUUAUGCUGGCUACUGAGGUCGACACGACCAAGUACUCGGCAUUUUCGAAGUCUAUGUUCAAGCUAUAUGGUGUUCUCGCAAUUGCUUAUCUGUGCGGGUGCCUGAACGGGUAUGAUGGCUCUUUGAUGGGUGCUAUCAAUGCCAUGAAGCCAUACCAGGACUAUUUUGGAAUUGGAAAUACGGGUUCAUCAACUGGAAUCGUUUUCGCUAUCUACAACAUUGGAUCAAUCCCCGCCGUUAUUCUUACCGGACCAGUCAAUGAUCGAUUUGGCCGUCGAGCGGGCAUGUUCACCGGCUCGGUUAUUAUCAUUAUCGGCACUUGCAUUCAAGCUCCUGCGAUUAACAUGCACAUGUUUAUGGGAGGGAGAUUUCUACUCGGAUUUGGUGUCUCUUUCUGCUGUGUCAGCGCCCCUUGCUAUGUCUCCGAAAUGGCACAUCCAAUGUGGAGAGGAACUCUUACUGGGCUCUACAACACCUGCUGGUACAUUGGAUCUAUUAUCGCCAGUUGGACCUGCUAUGGCACCAAUUUUAUCGAUUCCAACUGGUCAUGGCGUAUUCCACUUUGGGCUCAGUUGGCAUCCUCUAUCGUUGUGGCAGUAGGAGCUUUCAUGCUUCCAGAAUCUCCAAGAUGGCUCGUAGCAAAUGAUCGGGUCGAAGAAGCACGUACCAUCCUUGGAAAAUACCACGGUGAAGGCCGAGAUGAUCACCCAAUUGUCAAUCUUCAAAUCAACGAGAUGUAUCACCAAAUCCAAACCGAUGCAAGUGACAAACGACCUUGGGACUACUCUGCGCUCGUAAAGACACGCAACGCCCGUCACCGUCUUAUCUGCGUUCUCGGCAUGGCGUUCUUCGGACAAUUGUCAGGAAACUCGAUAACGUCCUACUACCUCCCAGUCAUGGUGGAGACUGCAGGAAUUGCAGACAGUUCCACCCAACUCAAGCUCAAUGGAAUUUAUCCCGUGCUAUGCUGGUUGGGCGCCAUCUUCGGAGCUCGCAUGACAGACCGCAUCGGAAGACGUCCUCUUCUGAUAUGGUCCAUCCUCUUCUCAAGUGUCUGUUUCGCAAUCAUCACUGGUACCACCAAGCUUGCAGUCGAUAAGGAGAACAAAAUGGCGUCAAAUGCAGCGAUUACUUUCGUCUACCUCUUCGGCAUAGUCUUCUCAUUCGGAUGGACACCUCUCCAAAGCAUGUACAUCGCCGAAACUCUUCCUACCGAGACUAGGGCAAAGGGGACCGCAGUCGGAAACCUUGGAUCCAGCAUUGCCAGCACGAUCAUUCAAUACAGCAGUGGACCCGCGUUCAAGGAGAUCAGUUACUACUUCUAUCUGGUCUUUGUUGUUUGGGAUCUCAUCGAGGCUCUGGUCAUCUACCUUUACUUUGUGGAGACGAAGGACCGAACUCUGGAAGAACUUGAAGAGGUGUUCAGUGAUCCACAUCCUGUCAAAAAGAGUCUCCAGAAGAGAUCUGUACAUACUGUCGCCAAUACCAUGGGCGUAUCUGUGACCACUUCGGCGGAUGUUUAGUUGUAGGGAAUUGAUCGUAAGGCUUUUUUGUUUACAGGCGAUUCUCCCCGGUGGGCAGAGUUGUCAUUCUCCAUGCCAUACCGUCGAGAUAGUAAUAUAUUUGGUAGUUUCUGUGUGUUCUGAAUCAUGUUUAUCUGUCACUCCUCCUGCAUUGAAGUGGAAUCUAAGUCGCGAAGCUUGUCCUCAGCCGACUGGCAUACUUGAGCCCGGUCCCACAAUUCAUGCCAUCUCUACCUGGAUAACCUGGAUUUUCCAGGGUUGACUGUACCCCGCAUUGGCCCACCAUCCCCCCCGUCAGUUGGUCCAAACCCCACGACACGUGAGCACCUGCAGCCGAGGUGGGACGGCUUUCUCGACC